CUCAGCUAUGUCUCAACAGGUGGUCCAGGUCCAGCCGGAGAGCAGGGUUCAGGAGGCAGGUCAAUGGAGUACUGGCCUGUGUGAGUGCUACAAAGACGUGGGAGACUGCUGCUUUGCCCUGUGCUGCCUCCCAGUGUUUACCUGCAAGGUGACCAGUGCAGUGGGCGCGUGUCCCUGCCUGCCUCUGCUGGACUGUAUCAGCUGUGUACCACCGGCAUCCCUUGCCAUGAGGGCGUCUGUCAGGCAACGAUACGGCAUACAGGGGAGUGUGUGGAGUGACUGCUUGUACGGAUGCUGCUGCUAUCCGCUAUCUUGGCUCCAGAUCUCCAGGGAGCUGAAGAGAAGAGCAGCAUCUCACGCCUCCUCCUCCUCCUCAUCAGCCAGAUACACCGCUCUGACCUCCCUGCAGGGGGCGCACUUGGUCUAGACACACGCUGCGCUCCUCUCUCCUGGCCUCUCCUGCCGCCUGCCCUCCAGAGUGCAGGAGUAGAUUUAAUCACACUUCCUCUUUUCUGCAGCCACUCCCUGUUACCUCAGAGAUUUCAGCGGGGACACAAUGCGUCCCACAGAGAGGAAAGUUCAGUUUGAACCAAGAUGAAAUGAAAGAAGUAUGAUAAAACUAAUUUAAAUACUUGAGCAGGGUUAUUUUGAGUAACUAAUAAGCAUCUUAUAUUAUAUUCUUUCACUGGGGGAAAAUAACUCAGUACUGGACCUGAGUACACUUUUGAGGUACUUCUACUUCACUUGGGUAUUUCAAUCUUAUUUAUUACUUAUUUAUUAUUGCAUUUAUUUAAUUCUAUGUCACUAACUUUUUUUCACCUCUACAUGUAUCUGACAUAUGAGAAGUUUUAUAAAUAAUCUGUUGCUACAGAUUAAAUUAAACAGUGAUUCCCUUUUUCCCUGUGACUCCUUACAAUAAAUCAGUAGUGGGGCCAUUUAUCAUGUUUAAGAUGUCUAUGAGUUGUCAGCAGUUCUACAAACGAAUUCCCCUCUAAUAAUGUUGAUAUUUAAAUCACUGUUUGAGGUCCUAAAGGUAAAAAGAAAUCCCAAUAUUUCACAAAAAAAGAAGAAAAAAGCCUGAAAAAUGAAAACAGAGUUGUAUAGCAGAACUCU